AUUACAUAUGUCUGUAAUUCUAUUUUGAGGAUGCUAAUCAAGUAUGCAGAGGACUUUUGCUGGUUCUUCAACUUGAAGAUGAAUUCCAUGCACAAAAGAGCUGGACUCAUCAGUGGGACAUAUUGAACAGAAAACAAAGACAUGCUUCUGUGUUUCUGUAAAAAACAUAGAUAAAGCUGGAUAGCAUAAUGAGAUUCCUCACAAAUAUCUAUAUCUUUACUUGUGCCUUUACAUUCACACUAUGGAAUAAUAUUCAGCCAACUGUAGAAGAUGAAUUUAUUGCAAAUUAUUCAAACAGUUUGCUAACUAAUGUUCCAAAAAACAUUCCAGUCUGUACUCAAGUAUUAGAUUUAUCACAUAAUAGGAUCUCUGGACUUAGUACAUCAGAAUUUAUUCAUCUUUCGGACCUUCAAGUACUAAAUCUUUCUCAUAAUCUAAUUACGGUGCUUGACUUGAGUGUCUUCAUUUUUAAUGAAAAUUUAGAAUACUUGGAUUUAUCUCAUAAUAACAUUUCAAAAGUUUUCUGUCUAACGCUUGCAUAUCUUAGACAUUUAGAUCUUUCUUUCAAUAAGUUUACUGCCCUGCCCAUCUGUCAGGAAUUUGGGAACAUGUUUCAUUUGGAGUACCUUGGAUUAAGUGCUACGAUGAUAAGAAUGUCAGACUUCAGGUAUAUCAAACACUUGCAGCUGCACACUGUCUUCCUGAACUUGGGAAACUUUUCACUGUAUGAGCCUCGGAGUCUGACAGUCUUGACUACAAGGAACCUCCACAUCGUUUUUGCAGCAAACCAAAACUUCACUUUUUCCCUCCUGUAUGAUGGAAUGAGCACUUCAGAAAACUUAAAAAUAGUUAACUUAAGAUAUACCUUGAGUUAUAAAGACUUCCCCUCUCCACCUUUAAUGCUUCUGAAGAAAAUCAAGACAACAACUCUCACACUUGAUGCUGUGGACUUACAAUGGGCUAUAAUCCUGCAAAUUUUUCUUCUUAUUUGGUAUUCACCUGUGGAACAUUUGACUGUGAGAAAUUUGACUUUUAGGGGACCCCUGGAGGAGCCAACUGAGUAUGCCUUUCUACCCUUAUUAAGCUCUGUGGAACAAUUAAUCUCUUUGGAUGGCUCCAUGAAAGCAUUAACUUUGGAGCAUGUUCGUAAUAAGGUUUAUUAUUUCAACCAGGAGAUUCUAUACAGACAGUUUUCAGAGAUGAAUAUUGCCAAUUUGACAAUAGCUGAUGCAUAUAUGCCACACAUGCUUUGUCCCAACAGAACAAGCUCAUUUCAGUAUUUAAAUUUUUCUCACAAUGCCCUGACAGAUGAGUUGUUCCAGAACUGUGGCACUCUCAUGGAUCUGAAAUUACUUAUUUUGCAGAAGAAUAAAUUUGAGAGCCUUCGCAAAGUGAGCUUCAUGACCAGCCGUAUGAAAUCACUGAAAUACCUGGACAUGAGCAGCAACCUGCUGCGCCACGAUGGAGCUGACGUGCAAUGCCAGUGGGCUGAGUCUCUGACAGAGCUGGACCUGUCCUCCAACCAGUUGGUGGAUGCUGUGUUUGAGUGCUUGCCAGUCAACAUCAAAAAGCUCAGCCUCCAAAACAAUCAGAUCAGCAAUGUCCCCAGGGGGGUGGCGGAGCUGAAAUCCUUGGAGGAGCUGAACCUGGCGUCGAACAGGCUGGCCGACCUGCCGGGGUGCAGCGGCUUUACGUCCCUGCAGUUCCUGAACGUCGAGAUGAAUUCGAUCCUCACCCCAUCUGCUGACUUCUUCCAGAGCUGCCCAAGGGUCAGGGAGCUGCAGGCCGGGCACAACCCGUUCAAGUGUUCCUGCGAGCUGCAGGCCUUUAUCCGCCUGGAGAGGCGGUCAGGUGGGAAGCUGUUUGGCUGGCCGGCGGCGUACGCGUGCGAGUACCCAGAAGGCUUGCGAGGAACGGAGCUCAAGGACUUCCACCUGAGCCUGCUGGCUUGCAACACGACGCUCCUGCUCGUGACGGCUCUGCUGCUGACGCUGCUGCUGGUGGCCGCGGUGGCCUUUGUGUGCAUCUACCUGGAUGUGCCGUGGUACGUGCGGAUGACGUGGCAGUGGACGCAGACGAAGCGCAGAGCUUGGCACAACCCCCCCGGAGAUCUGGGGGCCGUUCUGCAAUUCCACGCCUUCAUUUCCUACAGCGAGCGCGAUUCGCUGUGGGUGAAGAACGAGCUGAUCCCGAACCUGGAGAAGGGGGAGGGCUGCGUGCAACUGUGCCAGCAUGAGAGAAACUUUAUCCCCGGCAAGAGCAUUGUGGAGAACAUCAUUAACUGCAUUGAGAAGAGCUACAAGUCGAUCUUUGUGUUGUCUCCCAACUUUGUGCAGAGUGAGUGGUGUCACUAUGAGCUGUACUUUGCCCAUCACAAGUUAUUCAGUGAGAAUUCCAACAGCUUAAUCCUCAUUUUACUGGAGCCAAUCCCUCCGUACCUUAUCCCUGCCAGGUAUCACAAGCUGAAAGCUCUCAUGGCAAAGCGCACCUACAUGGAGUGGCCAAAGGAGAGGAGCAAGCGCACCCUAUUCUGGGCUAACCUCAGGGCAGCCAUUAACAUUAACCUGCCAAUAUCCAGUGAAGCAAAUGAGUAGGAGAGUGAUGUUACACCUAUGAGUAAUAUAAGUAUGUGAAUAACUGACUUGACUUUUUUGUAUUAAACUCUGUUAAUAUUUUUUUCUGUUUUCUUACAACAUUCCCAGUUUGUUGCAAAAUGUGACACAUAUAGAAAUUGCUAUUGCUUAUUCAAACCAUCCAGGUAGUCAGAAGUCAUCUGUAGUUGCCCAUCACCAACAAAGAGAAUGACAGAGAAAUUUUCAUGAUUGACAUAAUUUUUAAGUUGUGUUUAUUUUUCACUUUCCCCAUUGAAAGCCAUAUUUGAAAGUAACAAGAAUAGUGGUUUAUUUGGUGUAAUCAGGCUGCCAAGGCAUAAUUUAAUCUUUGUUCUGAUGUGAAUGCUGUGAGGUUAAGAUUGUAAGGAUCUUCUUUCUUGGUUUUAAUUAAAUAACAGAAAGAAGAAAACUCUUGGUUGAAUCCCAUCCAGUAUGCUGGUACAGUAAGUGUUAAGAGUACAGUAUCCACACCCUUUUACCUGUUAUCCCUUCCUGCAAAUCUUUCCCUUCAUCACAGAGAGACUUUCAUGGGUAUGUGCUGAAAAGUUGAAUCCAUUAAUUCUUGUUUGAUGUUCUUCCUUUGCUGUAUUAAACAUUACCAAUUGCCUAGAGACAGAUACCCGCCAAGUCAUGGGUUCAUAGAAUUUGCUAUUCAGUCUUCAAAUGCAUAGUUAAUACCUGUAGUUAUUAUUUUUUAUAGUAUUGUAAUAUUGCUCCUUUCUGUUGUGAUUCUAUGAAGCUAUACUGGGUUGCAUGCUUUUUCUCUUUCCUAGUACUUAGAAACUUGAUGUUUGGAGGUGAACCCCUUUUAUCUCCAGGCUUCCACUGAACUCUGUUAACUUGCUCAUUUAAUGAGCAGGUGCUGAGGGUCAUCACACAGGUGAAAAAAAGAGUAAUUUUCCCUAGGAAAUAACUUCUCUGCUAAAAUCUUUCUGAUUAAACUAAUGGUGUUUGUUAGUAGGAGAAAUAGUAACUUGCUGUGCUUGGAUUCAAGAGUCUAAUAAGUAUCUAAUUCUUUAUCUGUUAUUAAAUUCCAUGUGUCAUUUCAAAGGUGAUGUAGA